GAAAAGCUCAAAUCUUUUUUACUUUUAUCUUCUGAUAAAAGGGUUUAGAAAAAAAUCAUAUUUGAAUUUUCGAUUGGAAUUUUUUCCUGAAACAAUAAAGAUGAUGAGAAGAGAACUGGAAAACCGUCGACGUCAGGAUCAGCAAUCGAAGGUUUUCUACGACCUGUCGGCUUUGCUUCUGAACCUUCUGCGGUCGCCGCCGGUUCCUUUCACCGAUCAAUCACCGGUGUCAGAAAGGAGGUCUCAUUUGCUAGAUGUAUCGACGAUAUCUCCGGCGGGAUUCGCUUGGCUGAUGCUGGGGAUAUCGAUUUCGAUGAUGCUGUGUGGAUCGGUUACUUUCUUUAUGGGGUUUAUGUUGUUGCCUUGGGUUAUUGGUUUGUUCAUGGUGUUUUACGUCGCUGGGAUUGUUUCCGCGAUUUCCAUGAUGGGUCGUUCUAUUCUUUGUUAUGCCUUGGCCCCUCCUUCGCCUCGAAAAGAUAUUCCUGCAUGGUAGAUUUUUGUGAAGAGAAAAGGUGGAUUGGGUGAAGCAAUUGGGAGAACGCCUUUGAGAAUCAUGCAACAUUUGAAUUGUUUCGAGUGAUGUUACGUGUUGCCACAUAGAGGGGUUAAACGAAUUUACCAGGUUUCUUUGACUAUUAAAAUGCAGGAAAUGUGGAAUGAGUCUUGCUUGGGAUGUUAACUGAACUAUGUGAAUAUGGAUGGCUUCCUUGUUUAGCUGAAAUAGUGACUUUGUAAAGUAUUUUUAACCGUAUCCAUGUCUAUUGUAUUCUUAUUUACCAGG